GCGGAAAAAUACUAAAAUAAAUCUUACGGGAAUAUUGUAAAGGCGUGUCAGCGGAAAACUAUCGUAUUUUAACAGCAAAAAGCUGUGUUUCUUAAGCGCUAUGUACACCUUCAGUUGUUGUGAUUGUAGAAAGUCGGGUAAAAGCGCAAAUGCAUCGUUGAUUAAUCAGUGCAGCGCAAUCCGACUGAGCCAUCCGCUCACACGCUUCUCAAGAGGAAACGGCUAAUUGGCAUUCAUUUCCUGGUGUCGGCAUUCCAUAUGCGUUGUUAGUGUCCAAUAUAUCGGUCGGUGCACAGCAGUUUCUUCGCCGUACACAACAUGCGCGCGUCAUCCCUAAGUGAUACCUUCUCCUGUUCAGCCUUCUCAUUAUGGGAGCUCCGCUGCUGAUCACCUGCUUAAUUAUCCGCUUUUUCUAUUUCCGCAUGCUGCGAACUGACGGUUGCGCAGUGCCGGCGGCAAAUGUUUACUGUUUCGCGGUUGGUUAUAUCAAAUUACCGGAUCCUAUCUAAGAGAAACAUGGAUACUUUGGGGGUACCUAGACCCAACUGAUCAUAGUUAAUUUCCCUGUCCUGCGAUGUAAUUUAACUUCUUUCCGUGCGUUUCUUUCUUCCACUUUGUACUUGGAAUAGUGCAAGACUGCUGGCUUUCGGGUAAUAUUUUUCCGCUUUACAGAGGACAUACACCAAGUUUUACAGUUUACCAAAAUGUUCGAUUAUCGCGUACCAAGCUCUUCCGUAUUGGCGAUUUUGCCGACUUAUGCUCCUAUUUGCUGACACUGUUUGUUGAUUUUAUUAUUUAAUUUUUACACCGCGGACCGACUGGCCGAUCUCCACAUUUUUAGUCCUAAGUGCAUUGAUGGAUGUACUUAUCGUUAUAUUCUGUUGAAACCAUGAACAUCAGUUUGCCGCUCAACGCCACACGCCACAAUUGGUCGGCACUCCAACCAAACCUUACGCUAUGGCUAUCUUGUAUGCUGCUCCUCUGCUGCAUCGGGACGAUCAUCACCUUCACCCUCCUCUUGAUGUUCUUAAUCAAGGAAUCCCUGCGCAACGCCGUGGGCUACUUAACCGCCAGUUAUCUCUUCAGCAACCUCCUAAUGUUGUCCAUCAACAUGCCGGUAUACUGCAUCUCCGUCUUCUUCUCCUUAUCCCACAGUACACCCAUCGCCCAUUGCGAACACACCUACUAUUUCUUCAUGGUCAACACCCACUCGUUGUACUACUCCUGGUUCUUUAUCGCCAUUCACCAACUCGUCGCGAUCUUUUUCCCGUUUGCAUUUCACCAGCUGACGUCAUAUAAACUCGUCGGAUUAAAGAUUGUUUUGACGUGGUUGAUACCGUUGAUAAUUAAUCUCCCGGUACGACUGGGUUAUGGAGGGCGGUACAUCCCUGGCGGGCCGUUCGGCGCGUGUAUGGUGGAGUUGUCCAAGAAUCCCUAUCCCAAUAUCCUGGUUUUCUUGGGAGUGUAUAUCCCUUCGGUGUUCGUGCAGGCAGUGUACGUGGCGGUGUUGGUGAAGUUUGCGGCGUUGCGGGUGUCGCGACGGCGGGUGUGGUCGGUGAGCGUGACUUCGGAUCGACUGGGCCUGUCGUUAGCCUGUACUCCGCGCAGGCAGUUUGCGCUGCAGCGCUCCAGUGUGGCGCUGCAUCCGGCCGUGACGCGGAUGGUAGUGUCGUUUUUGUAUAUAUCAUGCUUUGUCAUCUUUAUGCUGACGCGCCUGUACGAUCGCCAGGAUUUCUUGGCGAUGCCGGUGCUGGAGUUAUGGAUUAUGGCGUUCUUUAUUGCGCCGUAUGUGUUAAGUGUGAUUAUUUUGGCAGCAUCACUGCGGCUAACCAGAAUAAAAGAGAGCCGAUCACGGGGCCGAUUGUCACCAGGUCACAAGAACUAGUCAAAUUGUCGUAAUCUUUGUCUCUUUAAGGGUAACGGUGCUGCUGAUUGGGAGCAGAAAUUAUAGUUGAGUAUUUCUUAUUAUGCUUAUGGAGA